AUGCCUACUAAAUCUACUCGUACUGCAGAAAGACAAACCCCUCUCUCGUCCCAAGCUACAUCUGGUAUUGAGACGCGAGCGGUAGAAUCUUCCCAACCAAUGGAACCGAACUACAGUGAAAUGUCUGCAUCUGACCUCAUUAGCUCUAUUGCUGAACGGAACAAAGACCCUGUUAUAAGCAAAAUGUUGGCAGUACUUGCUGAAAAAGUUAAAACGGAUUUUGUCGAAUAG